AUGAGACAAAAUUUCUUUAUCGCAUUAGUAUUCAUCUUUGCAUCUCCAACUCUAAAUCAGCAUGUUCUAACCAAUAUUCCAUUCGAAUGCAAAGGCCGUCUUGAUGGAUUUUGGCGUGAUUUGAGGUACUGCGAUGUGUUUCAUGCGUGCAUUGCCGGUGAACAUAAGCGAUCAUACGGAUGUCCACAAUUUGGAGAAAAAUUCUAUUUCGAUGAGAAAGCUCAAAUAUGCGACUUUGCCUUCAAUAAGACGGGUGUCUGUGAAACAAAUGAUUAUUAUACUUCGAUCGCGACUGUACCAGCAUUACCCGGACGACAACCUGGCGCAAAAAACUUUUUAAUUGUCGACUCGAACGUCAGUUGUAAUGGUCAGACCAAUGGUGCAUAUUUGUCCAGUCAAUACUGCAAUAUCUUCCAUCGAUGUGUAUCGGGCUCCAGAAUUGAUUUUCGUUGCCCUCGUGCUAACAAUGUUCCAUACGAUUUAUGGUGGAAUCAACAAACUAGGCUAUGCGAUUGGCCGUGCCGCGUACAAUGCAACAAUCAACUAUUUGGAUCGAGCACAUCGGCUCAACAAGUUCAAAGUGAAAGCUUAAUUUUUUUCAAUAACGAUUGUCGAGAUUAUCCACCUAUUUUUCGUACAAAUAAAAAAUGA